AUGGCUCACCAAAGGAGACAGGCUGAGUGUGCAAAGACUGCCAGAAUGCAGAUGGCCUUACCAGCAGGCAAACCAGCCAGUGCUGCUGCCAACAACCUCUAUGAGGAGCUUGGGGACAGCACCAUGAAAGGAUAUGCACAGCAAGAGCAACAGCAGUUGCUGAGACCUUCUCUUCUCAGACCAGAGGAGCUAAGUAUGGAGUCUGGAAUUGAUCCAGGGCAGGAAUACUAUGGGCAAGAUUACUACAGUUAUGAGCAUGGGUACGAGCUGCCUCAGUAUGGGAGCCGUCGCCGACUUCUGUCUCCAUCAGGGAUGUACGAUGAGUAUGGGGAAAUGGUGGUGGAGAGUGACGGUGGCUACUACUAUAGUCCACAUGGAACAACUGCAGAAGAGUGGGCCAAAAAGAAGAAGAUCAAAUUGGUGGUUGACCCAGAGUACGAGACCAGCUCCACGGGAGAAGACAGCGCUGAUUCCAGCCAGAGGAGUCGCCUCAACAACCCCAACAUCCAAACCAACGUCAAUGGGAACAUCUACAUCGCCCAGAAUGGCUCAGUUGUCAGAACCCGACGUGUUUGCCUUGGGAAUAACUUAAAAGUCACCUCUCCACUGAGGCUGGGGAAGCAGUUCAAGAAACUGGACAAGCUGGCAGUGACACAUGAGGAGAAUGUCCCGCUGAACACAUUGUCAAAGGGACCAGCUCCUAGUGACAAACUGAACACAAGACCUUGCAGUGUCUCAUUUGCUUCCUCUACUAUAGGGGCUGAAAGUAUAGUAACAAAGCCUGGGGGGUCCAAAAGGAAAAGCACAGAAGAGCAGGAAUCAGUUGUCGGCAAUGAGGAUGUCAAAGAGCCCUUGGAGUCUCACAGUGAACACACACAGUCAGAUGAGGAGGAGCUCUGGAUGGGCCCUUGGAACAACCUUCACAUACCAAUGACAAAACUGUGAUUUUAGUUUCUUUUUUAAUUUCCAUUUUUACUUCAGUUUAUAAUAAACUGUGCUUUUUAUUGGCACCAAGGGGAAGUGGAUGCAGUUUGUAUCGUGCACA